AAUUUUCGUGCGGCUAAUUCCAGUACUGCGUUACGUUUUUAAACAUGUAGAGUCAUCGUUAAAUCCCUAUUUCCUCAUAAGCACAUCUGUCAUAAUAGUUUAAAGAGUAGAUCAUCCGAUUGCUUCUGGUUAUGUGUGACCCAGAAAAUCCAAGUGAUAAUUCCAUUGUAAAUACUGGACGUCUAAAUAACACUCCGGUUGGUAAUAUUACUCUGAAUUCUAUUAUGGAGUCGAUCAUUCGGCAACGACAGCUUUGUGCUGAAAACAUUCUAAAAAAGAGCUUUGAUGUUGCUUUCACUAACUCCCAUAAUGAUUUCUGGUUCGAUUUGUUUACUCAAGCAUUUCUUUCACCGGCUUUGGAGAAUUCGGUCGACGGACCAGGAGAUGAUCUUCUGUUUUUCGUCCAUCUUAAACAAAAUGAUAAAAAACCAGAAUUGAGUGUAUUUCGUAGAAACAGUUCAAAUCUUCCAAAAUUGACAGAUGAUUAUGUCGAUUGGGAGGAAACAGUGUAUCUCAACUUACUCAUGCAAUAUUUUGUUUAUGUUGUGACAGUUGCUGUAUGCACUCGUACUGGACCUCAAGAGUGGCAAAUUUUAAAGAAAUUUUCUCAAACUGUUUAUGCAUCUCCUAGCCAUAGACAAAUGAAUAUGAAAGGAAGUUAUGAAGAAAUAGUUUACCCAGAUCUUUAUUUUACGAUUGAUAAUUAUGAAGAGGCAUUUGGCGAAUGUGUUCUGCGAGAUAGCGAAUGCAUUAAUGUUGAAUUGACCGCUUAUGAUCGUUAUGGACGUGUACAUGGUGUUUGCUUUCUUGGCACUGUUUCCUAUGAUACCAUUAAACAAUUUUAUGACCGUUCAUCCCAAGCUUGUUCAACUGGUAAUCUUGUUAAUCAUCGUUCUGGUUAUCGAAAUAAUCGAAUGUCAAACAGUUAUUAUUCAUCUUCGCCUCCUCCAAAUAUUGAUUAUACAUCAACUCAAUUUAUGAGGGUACUUGGACCACAAGCCAAAGGAUCAGCUGAAAUAGCAAUUAAACCUAUGAAAAAUAUUACACAACAAUCAUUGGAUUUGUCUAAGACGGAAGAAAUGAACCGUACAAAUUUUAUCACAAAAUGUUGUCAACCUGUUUGUCCAUCAGAACCGGAAAUGGAGUAUAAAUCUUCAGAUAAGUGGAUAUUAAACAACAUAAGUUGGAUAAAUAAAACAGUGCGUUCUGAAGUAAUUACUGAACAACCAGUUAUAGAGGCAUGUAAACCAACCAAUCUUGACCAUUACGAUUUUUUAGCAGGGACCCAUUUAGAUAGAACCAUUCCUAACAACCAAGAGUCUGAGCAUCUUCAAAACAUCCACAUAGAUGCUAUACCAACAUUGCACCCAUCACCUUGGUCUGUUAAAUCUGCUGGAGCAAGUCUACACACAAGUCCUGUUCGACGAUUCAAGGAUAGUGUAGGGAGUAAAUAUGCGAGUCCGCGAACCAGUCAGCAAGAAUUCUCACCUAUAUUCACCCGUAAAUGUAAAUUUAGAUCUGUAAAUACAAUAAAUUUGUAUCAGGAAUCGAAACCAUCAAAGGUCUCAGAAAUUCUUAAUGCAUUUACAGGUGUGAUGACGAAACAGUCUUUAGGUAAUGUUCAUCGAACAAAAGAUACUUCUAUAAAUUCUACGAAUAAACCAAGUCAUAAAAACUCUACUAAUAUUAUAAUGUCACUUCCAACUAUGUAUGACGAUGAUCACUGUAACAAUAACCAGUUUGGACAUUUUGAUUUAUACAAAGGUCAUUUAUAUGAAAAUCCCCUCAUAUCUGAUUGGAACGAUAGUUCGUUUGGACAAGCAUGGUCUUGGUUCAAGGAAAGAAGACGAGUUACUUCAGUUAGCCUAAUUGCUAGUCCAACAUUUAUCACACUCCCUUGUCAAAAUAUCCUUGUUGAACUGCUUGAAGUCAGAAGAGAACCUAUCCUCAACUUUACCAAUCAGUAAGUUCCAUAAAGUUGUCAGUUUAUGUGAAAAGCUACUUAUUCGCCGAAGGGUUCCGUUGUAAUAUUAUCCAUCGGUCAGAAAAUUUCGCAAGUCCAAAUCCAGUACAAACGUUAGAGCCAUUUAAUUUCGCCUAAUUCCAAACUUUAUGCCUAUUAUUUUAUUAAAACCAUUUCUAAUUUAGACAGUUUUGUUGUUUUAAAACGUUACUUUUCUUUCUAAUGUUGAAUGAUGUGUUUUUUUAUGCAUGUUUAUUACAAUUUAAUAUGAUUU